CACGAUGUCCCGGAUGGUGCUCGCACCGGAAGAGAAGGGGCAGCUCUCCCAGCCAUCUUGUGGCAGCAUCCAGCGAAUUGUUCGCAUCAAGCCUCGUAGAAUCGGAGGUGAAUCCCGCUGAAGGGGCACCAUCAUGCCCGGACACCUGCAGGAAGGCUUCGGCUGUGUCGUAACCAACCGGUUCGACCAGUUAUUGGACGAUGAGUCCGACCCGUUUGAGAUCCUGAAAGCGGCGGAGAACAAGAAGAAGGAGGCGGCCGCCGCUGGCUCCAACAAGACCGCAGCUCAAGCCGCGAAGCAGCCGAAGAAGGAGUCCCAGAAGGACAGGAAGAACCCGCUGCUGGACAAGAAGGAUGAGUCCCAGGCUCCGGUCCCACUGAAGAAAGAAGGUAUCAGGCGAGUGGGCCGAAGACCAGACCAGCAGGGCCAGCCUGGUUCCCAGAACCAGGGGGGGCAGGGUGAAGGGCGACCUGGAGACAAGAGGCCGGACCGGAGACCUCCUCGCGAGCGGCGCUUCGAGAAGCCAGCUGAGGAAAAGCCCGAGGGAGGUGGAGAGUUCUCCGUGGACAAGCCUUCUGGAGACAGGCCCCCGAGAGGGCGUGGUGGCGGAAGGGGUGGGCGUGGUGGAAGAGGACGGGGCAUGGGCCGAGGAGAGGGCUUCGAUUCCCGCGGCAAACGAGACUUCGACAGACACAGCGGCAAUGACAAAUCCAAUCAGAAAAUCGAGGAGAAGCGCAGUGGCAGCGGCUCGCACAACUGGGGCAACGUGAAGGAGGAAGUGAGUGAGGCUGAACCGACUGCUGCUCCAGAGACGACCCCUGAGGGAGAGGAGAACGCACCUGCUGGCUCUGAAAACAAGGAGAACGAGGUGGAAGAGGUGAAAAACGAAGGCCCAAAAGAGAUGACCCUGGAUGAGUGGAAGGCCAUGCAGGACAAGGAGCGCACCAAGGUGGAGUUCAACAUCCGGAAGCCCAACGAGGGUGCCGACAGCCAGUGGAAGAAAGGAUACGUGCUGCACAAGUCCAAGAGUGAAGAUAGGCCUGUGGGGGCUUUGAUCGACGCCGCAGAGACAGAAGUAGAGCCCACCCCUGUGUACAACAAGCCGCAGGGCCCCCUCGACGAGUCCAGUGACCACCACUUCCGCAAGCCCGCCAACGACAUCACAUCCCAGCUGGAGAUCAACUUCGGAGACCUGGGCCGCCCCGGCCGCGGGCGUGGAGGAGCUCGUGGAGGCAGGGGUGGCCGCGGCGGUGGCGGAGGUGGUGGUGGAGGAGGAGGAGGAGGAGGCGGCGGCGGUGGUGGUGGAGGAGGUGGUGGAGGGGGUGGCGGCGGCAGGCCGGCACGCGGGGGAGGACGUCCUGAAAAGGCUGGCGGAGUGUCAGUCCCCAACGUGGACGAUCCUGAGGCCUUCCCCGCUCUGGCCUGAAGGCCCCCCCUCUUCCACCAGCAGCCCCCCCCCUCCCCUCCCCCCAUCAGCCCCUCCGGGCCCCUCCUCUACGAGGCUUGCAUGCUUACCACAUCUUCAAAUAUAUAAAAAAACAGAGAAAAAAAAGAUUUUAAAUGACUUAAAAAGAGACUGUCAUCCCAUACCACUCACACCGCCAGAGGACUCAAAAUUACCAGUUUUAAAGGAGAACAAAAGACAAAAAAAAGCGGGAAAAGGACCUCUUGUUACACUGAAGUUUUGUAUUUAGGAACAUGGAAGCAGGGAUGUUUUCAUACUUUAUUUUGUUCUUUUCAGAGAUUAUGCAUACUUCAUUGAAUUUUUUUUGUGCUGCUUAACUUAAUGCAUUUUUGCGAUUUAGAUUGAAGUGUGUGUGUAUCUCUCCCCCCCCACCCCUCCGGAAGCUUUUUAUGCCCCUCAUGACUUCAGCGCAGUAUUACGGGGUGAUCUUAGAAAAUACUUUGUACUGGAGUUUUUCCUCCCAGUAAUACACACUGAUGUGGUAGCACUACACUACAUAGGAAACGUGUACUAGAUAUCUACUACCAUAUGGUUUUAGAAUGGCUUGAAUUGCAUUUAAAGUGUCAUCACUCUGAUUCUGACUACCCAUCCCCUUUUCUGUGAGGCACAAACUCCGGAUGGGUAACCAGGCAGUGACUUCCUACUAAAGCUUGGUAUUUUUCUGCUUGUUGUGCGGUGAAAGUAAAUGCCUCUAUUCCAUUUCAUUUUUUUUGAUAGCUUGCCUUUAUUUGGUGGACAAGUGGUUAGUGAUGCUUUGUACCCCCGGAUCCAGAUGUGUUACCUGUGUAUUCAGGGUGUCCCACGGCCCAAUGUGUAUAUUUUUUAGGCUGGUCCUCGUAGGUCAUGCUAAUGUUACUUCUGGACCACUAAGCAAAUAUUGUAUUUUUUUGUUAAGGGUAUAUGUGUGUGAGUGUGUGUGUGUGUGCAAAGAAUGAAUGUGUGGAUUUGACAGCUAGCUACUUGAAGUUUAAGUUUCUCCUUUGCUCUGGACUCUGAAACUGAGUUCUCACCUGAGGUAGUUCAAUACUGUCUUUUGAGAGUCUUUGGUGAGGAUUUAAAGGCCUGAUUCCACAUAGAGCUUUUUUUUCUGAGCGCCGGUAUCUUUCUUCAGUAAAUUCCAAUGAAAACAAAGCGCAUUGACGCUUGCGGCCUCUUCAAGGAAAAAACUCUCCGUCGUUACAGUCAUACUUUAUAAUAUUUACUUAUUAUGCUGUUGGAGGUUAUCCCUUUCCUGUAGUGUGUUCCAUUGGACUCCUUUUUACUUCUGUAAUUUAGUGGCAUCACUAGAUAACAGUUGCGCUUCUGUUGGCUAGACAUUGUUCCAGAUAUGCUAAGAGAAAAUAUAAUACGAAAACCUGAGAAUUAGCAUAUUAGGGCCCCUUUAACUGAGCCAAAAAGUUAAUUUGUUGGAGCAGAUCGGUUGGGCAGACUCUCUUUCGCAGUGUUCGAAUCUUCCUUCUUGCUCUACAGCUGUCAGACCGUGUGCUGAAGCUCAUUCUGCCAAAGUGUGAGAGGGAAAAAAAAGCGCUAUGUGGACACAGUGCCUGAGUGAGAAUUGAAACAUAGACUGUGGACAUAUCUUUGCUCUUAGAGCUUCUCUAAUGUCUUUCGAAGCACUUGGUUUUUACGGGCACCGGUUCUCUGAAGAUUGUUUCCCCUCUUCUGUAAACCUUUUAUUUAUUUACAUUUUACCAGCACCAAUGCAUCAUUUGUCUGAAGCAAAUGUCAGUUUUGGAAGAAUCUGGAGUUACAGAAUGUAAUAUAGGCUAACGGUGCUUUGAGCCCCCUGUGUCAGCAUAUCCAGCGAGCGUUUUUAUUUUAGUGAAGCGGGUCUAUUCACAUUGGGUGGGGGUGGGGGGUGGGGGUUAUGAAAAAGUGAAAUGAAAGCUUUACAUGCUGUGCUCUGCAAAAACUUGCUGGCAAUGCACUGAUACAGACGGCUGGAGCCUUUAUUUUCUUCUGUUUGAGCCACAUGACAGUGAAACUUUCUCUGCAAACAUCCCUGUUCUAAUAAAUCGCUUUAGAGGUGUUACAUGUAUUCUGCCAAUGGCUGUUUGGGUUGUUUAAAAUCAUUACUGUGAUUUUAAAGGUGUAAAAAAAAAAACGUGCUGUGGACUCUCGUCAUUGCUUGAAGCGGCAACCAUCGUAGUCUAAUUUAAGCUUCCAGUUAUUUUUGGUACAACUAACAUAAACUGAGGCAUUUGAAUACAUCAUCCCUCUUUUCAUGGCUUUAAUGUUGAUGUAUCUUUUAAUUUGUACCUAGAAGAUGUUUAUAGUGUUAAUGUAUACAAAUUGGUUGCUUAAACUUACCAGCACCACACACUAUUGCCUCCAAAAUGACCAUACAGUGUAGUCGUAUUACCUGUAAAUGUAACCAUUCUUUGCGUACAGUUUGAUAAAAUGAUGUUUUGGCAGUUCUAGUGAGAUUUUUUAAACCAAAGUCGCCGCUUUGAAACAGGUACCGGUGAUAACGUGCAACAUACAAAUUGAGGCUGUCCAGAGUAAGAACAUUUUAAACAGCAAACAUAAUAAAAGUAUUACUCCAUUAAAUGUUUUUUAUAUGUAAAGUACAAUUUUAAAAAGCAACUUCAGGAGUGUUUUCAAAUAUUUAAACCAAAACAGUGUUAAAUACUCACAUUUUACUUCAAUUGAACAAUAUUUUUUUAACAAUGCAUUUUGGACAGUCUUAAGAAAAUGUGGUAAAAUAUGGAUAAAAAUAAUUAAAAACAAAGAAAAAGUUUGUUGUGAAUUAAAAUAUUUUUUUUAAAUUGCAAACGUGAACCCUCACAAGACUUGGUAUUAGACAUUUUGCAUGAAUUAGUAAUUUUGUUUAAUUUAUUUAUUAGAGGUUUUUCAUGUUACAGUGUUUAAAGAUAUAUGCUUGUUUAAAUAUAUCGAUAGUUGAAUUUUAUGACUGUACAAUUUGGCUAAAAUGAUAAGGAAAAUAAAUAAAAUGUGUUGUUGGAGAAAUUAGGAUGGCGGAAUUUUAAUAAGAAAUCGUGUUCUUUAGGUAAAAUGUCCUCACCAAAAUAUGAAGAUAUGUACGUAAUGAAUAAACACUGUUCUAUCUAGCGCUUUAACUAUAGACUGUAAAUAAAAACAAUAUGAAGUCUG